AUGUCUCGAUCACUCUACUUUGUUAAAAUGUUUCCUGAUGUUCCUGUUCCAUUUAAAGCUACACCAAGGUCUGUUGGAUUUGAUGUAUCAUCUUAUGAAGAUACCAUUGUUCCUGCUCGAGGUCAAGUUAUUAUUAAAACUGGGUUAAAAGUGACUCCACCUAAAGGGACGUAUAUACGUUUAGCUUCAAGGUCUAGUUUGGCCUCAGAAGGAAUAACAGUUCAAGGUGGAGUUAUCGAUCCUGACUAUACUGGGGAAGUUAAGGUUAUUCUGUCUAACAAUACAAAUGAACAGUUUAUCAUCACAAAAGGUAUGCGUAUCGCUCAAAUGAUAUGUGAAAAAGCUACAUUUGCUGUUCUUUAUCAGAAAGAGGAGGUGGAGACAAUCACUACUCGAUGUGAUUGUGGGUUUGGCUCUUCAGGUCGAUAA